AUGACGCAGGUGGAUGGUGCGCUGGUUAACAGCUACUGGCCAGCAGUAGGAUCAUACAGAGGCGGAACAAACCUCUCCGUUAUGCUGGAGAAGCCUCUUGGUGGACAGCCGGGUGCCUUUGUGUACUGCCGGUUUGACUCUGUCAUCGUUUUCAACGCGGCGUACAAUGCAAACGCCACGGCGGGGCCGACCGUUACCUUUGUCGUUCCCCCCUUCAUCCAGGGCAAGAAGGAGAUUGAACUGGCCUUCAGUGUGGACGGGCUUGCCUUUGAGGUAUUUGGCAAGUUCAUCUACCAUGAGCCCCUGAUGAUCCGCUCGGUUGAGCCGGCGGCUGGCCCCACUACCGGAGGCGACAAAGUCUAUGUCCGCUUCCAGAACACGAGGCCCUUCCCAGAGGGGCUGGCAGCCGCUGACUUUCAUAUCCUGCUGGAGAUCACAUGCUCGUUCCAGAACGUGACCAGACCUGGGCGGUACGAACCGGCCUCGGACAAGUACCCUUGGGCGUCGGUCCGGUGCAGCACUCCCCCGAGAAGCCCGGGUACUGUGGCUCUGGGCGUCUCGCUGAACGGGCAGGAGUAUACGCCGGUCCCAGGGAGGUAUACGUUUAUGAACUCGACAGACAUGGCAGCGGCCCAGCUUGCUAUGGACCACGAAGCACAUGAUCCCGAGGCCUUCACGUCCUGGAUCGACCGAGAGACCAACUCCACGGGAGGCAUCGUUGAAUUCUACAACGCCUUCUAUGGGAUUGCAGAAAACGUGGACCCCGGUUACUUCUUCAACGAGACGACCGACGUCCCCUCGUACUUCUACUACUAUACGGGACAGACGAUGCCCCAGUACCAGGGCAACCAGUCGUCGGCUUGCAUGCAGUCGAUCUUCCCCAGCAUUGGCUACGCCUCUGCGAGCAGCACUCAGGUCACGAUCGCAAUCGGCGGUUCCUUCCCGGGAGCCACCGCGAAGCCGCCAAAGUGCAAGUUCGGAACAAUUGUGGUGCCCGGGUCCUACAGACCGGUCACUUCGGGCGGCACAUCUGUCGUUUGCACGGCCCCGGCGACCUUCAACAGUGGGACGGUGCCCCUGUCCUUCAGCAUCGACGGAACGAACUUUACGGCGGGCGCGAACUUCACUUAUUUCAUGCCUCCCCAGUCGCUCAAAGUGGCCAACGUCCCCGCCGUCAUGGACAAGCUGGGCCCGUUCGAGGCCGUCAUCCAGCUCAUCCAGUCGCCGUUCCCCGCCGGGUUCGCCCGCUUCGACCUGGUCGCCAACGCCGCCACGUGUCUGCUGGACGACGUCCUCACGCCCGCCGCGUACUUCCCGCCGGACGCCACGUACGCCUUCCCGAGCGUCCGGUGCUUAGCCAACGCGACGAGCUGGGGCCAGAAGACCAUCUCCUUCGGCUUCGACACGACCAGCACUUUCCCCGUUCAGACGCCGCUCUCGUUCGUCGCCCCGACUGGUGUGGCCUCCACGCCAAUCCCCAGCCCCGACGUGGGGAUCCCUCUGUUCGGCCUGGGCAACGUGCUGUCCCUGAGCCCCCCCCGGAACCAGCCCACCGUUCUGCCCCCCGACGCGAAGCUCUGCGUGCGCUUCAACAACGACCCCGCGGCCGCGAACGCGAACCUGGCGGGAAUUGUCCCGGACAGCGGGUCGCUUUCCCCGGCGUUUUCCCCCGCCCAGACCAACUACCGCGUGUCCGGAAAUAGCGCAAGCAGUCCCACUUUCGGCUUCACGGUCACCUCAGCGGCGGCCGGGGCGAUUGUCUCGGUUGACACUCUCACCCCGGCCUCGGUUAACGGGGCGGCUCAGUACUACCAAACCACGCUGGUUAGCGGGUCUAACUUCUUCACCAUCAGGAUUACCGCUCCCAACGGCUUCACUCAGAACGUGUAUUACCUCACCGUUACGGGCACCGUUGCAGGUGUGGUUACCAGUCUUGUUCCUGUUACUUACAGCAUGUCAACCGCAGCAGCACCCGGCGCCCAGCUUUCCCCCCCGUUCUCGUCUGGCGUUUACGACUACAGCAUGAACGUCGACAUUCUGGUCGACAGCCUCAUCUUCAACGCCGCCGGGGGCACCCCACAGCCCAGCUUGUUCGUCGCCUCCGCUGUCCCUGACCUCUCAUUUGACGCCCCCCCGCUUUACGCCAACAAUCCGGCUCCUUUUGUGAGCGUCCAACAGCCCGACGACACGACCCCAUGGUUCGGCCCGUGCCUGCCUUACCCGAAAAACGAUAGCGGCGCCACCACGCUCCUCCGCGGCGGCCGCGGGGUUCCGCUCGCUCCGCUCUCCGCCCUUCCUGCCGGCUUCGCCUUCAGGCAAAGCACCACCGGGGGCCUGACCACGGGCGCCACGCUGGGAGUCAACUGUGUCGGUACCACUGUUUUGUACGUCUGGAUACAGCAGGCUGACAACACCGCGACGCUGUACACAAUCUCGGUGCAGAGGGGGGUGUCCGGCACCGGGCCCCCAGCCCUCUCUGGCUUGGAAGUGUUCGCCGGGGGAUCCCCCCCGCAGCCGCCGUUCUCGGCCAGCAACCCCCCCAGCACCGUCUAUUCCAUCAACGCAUCCGCGCCCGGCCAGCAGCUUAGGAUUCGGACGAUCCCGUCGAGCACGUCCGUCCCGAUCGCAAUGAUCCGGACGGUGCCGCCAGCUGUCACGCUGGCGCUCGGCCAUAACAAGUUCGACAUCGUUGUCACGGGCGUGGACAACAGGACUACGACCAGCUACCACGUUGACGCCAUCGUCAGAAGCAACGACCCGUCGCUCACCGCCCUGGGCUACUACCUGCCGGAUGGGACCGUGGUACCGAUUCCGCAGACUUUGUUCACGCCUAAUGGACAGCAGCAGAUGGCAUCCUUGAAGGUGCCCAAAGGCGUUCAAACCCUCGGCUUCUACGUCACGCGCGCCAACGCGGCCGCUUCUCUGACGCUCUCCACCGAGAGCCGCAACGUGACCGGCGUCCCCAAACCCACCACUUUGAUCGCCAACAACUUGACCUGGGUUAGCCAAACCGCCUUCUCCCUGGGGCCUGUCAACACUCAGAGCCUCUUCACACUGACGGCGACGGCAGAAGAUGGCGUCACCACGCAAGUCUUCCUGAUCACGCUCACCCGCCUGCCCGGAAGUGACGCAACCCUCCAGUCGGUUAACGCCACGGUUGACGGCGUGACUACCGCCCUUAACCCGCAGAUAAACCCGAUCCAGGUGCCCGGUCUUACCGCCGGGAAGAGCACUUCCGCCUUCUUUGCUUGGGCUCCGACCGACCCCGGGGCAAAAGUCAAGUAUAGCCUGGACGGCACGAAUUUCGUGUCCGGGGGAUCGCUAACCCUCUCCCUUCUCAGCGGAACGAACAGCUUCCAGGUUGUUGUAACCUCUGAGGACGGACAGGCGACGAACACGUACACGGUUAGAGCAGUGGUCCCCACGGUUGGCACCGCCCUGAACAAACUGGCGAUCUCCCCCGGGAUCCUCUCCCCGCCCUUCUCCGGCAGCGUCUUCAGUUACUCGGUCCGCCUCCCGAGCAGUGUCGCCGCGUUUUCCGUGAACGCCACGCUAACCGACGCGAGCUCCACGCUCACCGCCUCCUCCGCGAGCGGAGCGCUCGCCCUGGGCGCGCUGAAGGCGGUCAGUGCUGACGUGGGCAGCGUCAGCCUGCAAGUCCAGGCGCCCAACAACGGAGCGGUUGCCACGUACACCAUAACCGUGACCCACCUCAAGGACUACCAGAUGCUGCCGUACGUAGACUUCACCGGGUCCCAGUCGGCGAUGGCUUAUCAAGUGCCCCCUGGCACCACCCUCUCAGCGUAUAAGUUGGCUACCAACGCCGGGCAGCCGAUACAGUUGCAGAUUGCGGCGAACUGUUCUCGCCUCCAGAAAGACUUUGGCGGUGACGCGAGCCUGUGCGCGGGGUUGGGCAAUCUUACGAUGCAGUUGAUACUUUUCCCGCAAUUUGGGGGCGGUGGAGUCAUAUAUACCAACGUGACAGCACCGAUUUCGAGCGGAAACUUGAGCUUCGUGCCAACGAUGGCGGGGGCUUUCAGUGUGAAAGCCAGUCUUGCUGUAUGCCAGCAGAUUAUUGGGUACUGCGACUAUGUCGGUGGGUAUCUACCCCUGGACUUGCGCCAGAGCUUGAUAGUCUUGGAAACGGUCCAAGUCAAUAGAACAAUCACCUUCUCCCCUCCCCAAUGGGAAAUUGACGUGUGGGGUCUUGCGGCGGGAUCGUUCUCCAUUGUGGACGCAUCUGGUAAUUACUACGAUCCCCUUAUGUACGGGGGCAUGAGUGUCUUCGUAUGCCCACCUUCCGACGCCGUCAAGCAGAGCAAAUCGUAUUGCCCGGUUCUAUCCCAAGACCGUUCGAUCGUCUAUCCCAAUGGGCAAAACACAUACGCCCUGAGCUUCUCCACUCGCUACGUCGCUGGCUACCACGUGGUUGCUAUUGACAGCACGGGGCGGCAGGUCGCCGAAGGUAUCGUGACCGUCAGAGUUGCAAGGAGUGUUGCGCUCGAUCCGGCGCAGUCUAUUGUCGUCGUUCCGCCCGGCGGCGUUGUCGCGACCCAGCCUGGCGGCAGGUUCAGCAUCACCGUCGCGCCCCGCGACAAGUACGGCAGCCCCCUCUCGUACCUGGACGAGGCCUCCAAGCUGUCGCUCGCGGUUUCUUCCGACUACAGCUCCGUCUCCCAAAUGCCUUUUGAAGCGCGCGCCGGCCUCCUCAACGGCACGACGGACCUCGUCUACAUCCUUGACGUCAGCAUCAACUUCCCGGCCGGAAACCUCACAGUGACGGUCUCCGCUUACUCCACACCUCUCCAACCGACCGUCUCCCCGAUCCCCCUGCCGACCGCCAUCAGCCCGCGCUCGGUCACAGUUUCCAACGAGAACAAUGUUUUAACAGGCGGCCAGUUUACGUACUACCUGGACCCGUACGACCUUGCCGGGCAGCCUGUAACCAACGGGAGGGACGGGCAGUUCGUCCAGACCAGCAUAUGCGCUCUCCCAACCUUUUUCGCCAACCCGACCGUCCCCCAGUGCCCCGUGCUCACCCCGGCCGCUUGCAAAGUCGACCAGGGGAACUUCAUGCGUUUCGCGGGCGAGCUCCAAAUCACGUGCGGUGCCCCGCAGCAAGACGGCGUGUACCGCGUCGUGACGUUGGUGAGCGGGGUCCCGCUCGAAACCGAGGUUGGUGGUGUGCUGGGUGUCCUCCCGCCGAUGCCGCCGUCACCGCCCCGUCAGGACCCACCUUCUCCAGUUACUCCAGCUCCGACUGGGUUUAACCAGGGUCCCUCUGCUGGUAGCCGUUUCAACGUGUCCGGAUUCGGGACCGUCGUCAUCAAAGACGUGUCCCAAAUCGGAAACACCGUUGAAACUUCCUUCACUUUCACCGACGCUCAGGGCACUCUACUUCCGGGGCGCCAGUUCGUCCAGGUGUUCCGGGACCUCAACCGGAACCUCUGGUUCCAGUUCCUCUCCGGUACCAGUCAGUUUACCCCCGGUUCAUACUCCAUGGCCGCGUCGGUUCCCUCGGGCGACCGGUUCGAGGUGUGGACCUACUACUGCAACAAGCCCGACUGCUCGGACGUGGUCAAUUGGGCGGCCGGGGGAUCCCUCUUUGCUGACGCGGCGUCCCCCUUACUCUGGCGCGACCUGUCUGCUGGCACCGGGGGCCCACUGGGGGUCUUCCCCCGUCUUCCCCUCAACCAGAACGGCACUAUGAAAGACAUCGGGGAUCUCCAAGUCCUUUCGCUGGUGGACCGCCCAACAGGCUGGACGGCGGAAUUCCGGUUUUUGGAGAACGGCAUUCCAUCGACCUGGAACUCUUUCAUCGCGUUGCUGCGCAGUAUGAAAGGGGGAGGAAGCUGGUACCAGUUCCUGGCCGUGAAGGCCUCAAACGGGAGCUACACCCUUGAGGUUAACGUUCCCUUGGGGGAGAACUACGAGUUCUUCUUCUUCGCGUGCUACGUGCCCUCCUGCGCGGGCCUGCUCAACCUGGGGCCGGGGGAGAGUCCGCAGCUCACAUACGCAAGGUACCAGAAGGCGCUGGUUCAUGACUACCUCUUCCUCACUGCCCCCCCUGCUAUGGCUCCUUCAAUGGGCGGACCCAUUCCUGCUCCAAUGGGAGGUAACCAACAGCAGCAGGUUCGUUACGUCCCGGGUCUCGGCUCCAUCGAGGUGCUCCAGAACUUCGACCGCCCCAACGGCUGGACGGCAGUCGUCCGCUUCAACAACACCAACGGCGUUCCGACCUCGGGGCUCUGGUUCGUCGCGGUCCUCCGGGACGUGAACCGGGGCUUUUGGUACUCUUUCCAGUCGGUUCCGUGGACCGGGGCGGGAACGUACAACCUCACAGUAACCGUUCCCCCGGGCACCAACUACGAAACCUGGGUUUACCCCUGUAGCUUUUCCGACUGCAUUGACGUGGUGAACCGGGAUGCCGGGGGGAGCCUAUUGGGCCUUCGCCCGAACACCACCUUCCCCCAAAUCAGCCACGACUAUCUGUACCUUGCGAGCGGCGGUGGCGCGAUGACGCCUUCUGGGAGCCAACAGCAGGAGGAGCAAGUCAGAUACGUCCCCGGUCUCGGCUCCAUCGAGGUGCUUCAAAGCAUCGACCGCCCCAACGGCUGGACGGCGAUCGUCCGCUUCAACGACACCAACGGCGUGCCGACUUCGGGGCGCGUUUUCCUGGCGGUUCUCCGGAGCAUGAAUACGGGUUCCUGGUACUCUUUCACCGCGGCCCCCUUCCCCGGGGCUGGUAUGUACAACCUGACCGUUUCCGUCCCCUCAAGCGGCAGCUACGAGGAGUGGGUAUACGCCUGCCGGGUGCCAAACUGCACUGACGUCAUCAGCCCCGCCGCGGGGGGGGCGCUCUUGCCGUCCACCUCAUCCCCCCUCAUCAUGCACGACACCACUACCUUUGCUAGCGCUCCCAACGGCCCCCCACAGAACCGCGUGGUUUAUUUACCGGGGUACGGCGCCGUCUCGUUCGUCUCCUCCGAGGGGCAACCCAACGGCUGGACCGCCUACUUCAGUUUCACCGACUCGAACGGCGUCCCAACACCCAACCGGAUGUUCAUCGUGGUCGCCCAAAACGUGCAGCAGGGCAGCUUUUACAAGUUCAAGGCGGCCCCCUGGGCAGCCGUCGGAACGUACUCGGUGACGGUCUGGGUCCCCCCCGGGUUUGACUACCAGUACUGGUUCUACCCGUGCUCCCAGCCCGACUGCUCCGACGUUGUUAACCUCGCAAACGGCGGCUCGCUGAUCCCGACCACCAGUUCCCCCCUGAUUGCCCACGACUUCUUCCACUCUGGCGCGAGCGGAGCUGGAGGCAAGUUCGCGCCCGCGCCCGCGCCGCAGGGCGGCCGCGGGAGUGGCGGCGAUGACGGGCCGAAGGUCAUCCCGGGCCUUGGCAGCAUCGACUUGCUCAGCGAGAGGGAGAGCCCCAACGCCCACAACUACUCGUUCCGGUUCCGCGACCUGGCCGGAACUCCAAAGCCGGGGAUGAACUUCGUGGCGCUGCUUACGCCUGCCCCCGCCCCUGGCGUGGCGAGCUCCACCUCCCCGUACGCACGCUGGUCGGUCGCCAUUUCCCCGCCCGGGGACUACAACAUCUCUUUCGUCAUGUCGACCAGCGGAACGUACAGCCUGGGUCUUUACGUGUGCACUAUUCCGUCGUGUUCUGACGUCAUCCCCUCCCCGGGCAAGCUGAGCGCCUCCGCUACGCCCAUUGUGACGGACACGGUCGUCUUCGCAACCGGGCCCCUGAGUCCUCAGACCACCACAGUGUACCUGCAGUCCGCCGGCAGUGUUGGCGUGUCUGGGUUUUUGAUGAUCGUAGCUCAGGACGAAAAUGGUCUUAUGCGGGGCCAGGAGCGAGACGGGGGCCGGUUCACCGUUUCCGCGGACCACAACAUGACCGGGACGUCCCUCACCGACCGCCUGGACGGAACAUACUUCUUCCGCUUCACCCCCCUGGAGGCAGCCCGGUACACGUUCACGGUUUCAAUGGACCGGAUUCCUUUCGCCACUGUAAUCGCUGACGUCAUUGCCAACGCGGGUGACGCCUACAAGUUUGACCUUGUUGGUCCCCUCUACGGAACCGUCGGCCAGCCCGUGACAUACUACGUUGCGCCAAGCGACACCACCUACUCGCUUGUAAAUGCAUUCAACAUCGCCGUAUCCCCUUCGACCGCGGCCGCGGCCGCGGCCGCGAGCACAACCCUCGGGGGCAUGGUCCCAGUCCUCGGGUCCACCUGCUUCAACAAAACGCGCACAAACCCCAGCUGCAGUUUUGCCCUUAACGAGACGGUCGCCGGGCAGUAUUACAUGGGCGUAACCCUCGGUUCGCAGCCGGUUAACCGAAGCCCCCUCUUGCUGACGGUCUACCCAGGCGCCCCCUCCUCCCAGAAGUCCAUCGUUAGCGCCCCGGUUAACCCCAUCCCGGCCGGUUCCGUCUACACAUUCAGCGUUAAUCUGGUCGACGAAUUCGGUAACCCAACCCGGGCGAUGAUCCAGCCGUCACUGUCGGCCGUCCGGGGCAUUGCUCCAGCCCUGGCUCUCACCCCUAACGAGCCGAGACCUUCGCCCCUCUCAUUCCUAGCGCAGACUGCCGCCGUGUCUAGUUACUUGGUCAACGCAACUUUCCAGAUCCGGGGCACUUACACCCUCAGCGUGGUCGCGCAAACCGGCGCCACGACAAACGCCCCGGGCACCUCAGGCGGGGUUAGCGUGCUCCUAACCAACGCUAACUUCACGGUUGCCCCGGGCGCCCCCGACGUUAACAACAUAGUUAAGGGGCUCCAGGGGAGCGCCAUCCAGGACGCGACCGUCGGCUCUAACCUAACCCUCUCCGUCGGGCUGUUCGACGCGUUCAACAACCUGCUCAACAAGAACGACGUCCCCAACGCUUACGUCAGCCUGACGCUGUCCUUCGGCGGCAACCCGGUCGUCUCCCAGAUGCUGACGUGGAACGCGGAGGGGUCCCGGUUGCAAGUGGCGCCGUUCUCGGUUGCGGGGGCCGGUACGUACCAGGUGACGGUUGGGCUGGGCUUGUCGGCGGCCGCCUUCGUCACGGUCUACAGCUCAUCUAUCAACGUCGCGGGCGCAACUUUUGCCGCGGAGAAGACGCAGGUUAUAACGAGCGGGAACGCAACCGCGGCGGGGGCAACCGGAUUCUUCCGGGUUCAGCUCAAGGACGGUUUUGGCAAUCCCGCCAGCUCCGCCGUUCCGCCGGCGUCGCUUUUCGUCGGCACGCGCCUCACCCUGUCCGACGGAACUUCCUUCUCGUUCGGCUCAACCAACCUCUACAUAACCGGUUCCUAUGGAAACGGGUUUUAUACCUUCGGUUACUCCCUAACCAAGGCUGGCCGUUACGACAUCCACGUCUACGUGGCGUCCAAAGACACGGGCAACGUCAACAGCCUGCAAGUGCAGGCGGGCGCGCCUAUCUUUGCAACCGCGUCGGGCGAGAGCAUGUACUUUGGGACCGUGGGAGUGCCGGGCAGCUUCUUCAUCAAGGUCUUCGACGCGUACAACAACCUUCGCACGAGCGGCAACGCCACGGCUGACGCGCUGGCCGUCAGCAUGACGGUCACGAGCGGCACUCUGACGAAAAGCGUCGCAACCGUUCCCUUCCAAGGCCCCACUUUUGACGGGAAUACGAGCCAGUACGUCAUCACUUACACCGCGGCCACGCCCGGACUUCUGUCGACAGCCAUCCUGGUUAACGGCAAAGCUGCUGGUCCUUUCCUGGGGACGAUUGCGAGCGGCCCAACUAGUGCGGCGCUGUGUCGGUUGGGAGGAACUGGGCUGGCGGGGAGCAUCGCGGCCGUAGGCAGCAGCUUCACUGUUACCGCUGUCGACUCGCUGGGCAACGCCAAGUCCACCGGUGGCGACUCCUUCUACGCGCGCGCGCUCGACCCGUCCUGCACGCCCGCCAACUGCUCCGCUUACGUCAGCGACAACGGCGACGGUACGUACCGCGUCAACUACAACUUCGCGAACGCGGGCACGUACAAGAUGCAAGUCAUGCUCGGCGGCCAGAACGUGGGGACGCAGACCAACGUCAGCAGCCCCGUCACGCUCUCCAUCCUCAGCGCCACCACCACCCGCAAGAUUGACGUCACCAAGACGUCAGCUUCCGGCGUCGGCCUGGCCGGCGCAGUCGCAGGGACGACCGCCACGUUCGUCAUCACCGCCGUGGACUCAAACGCCAUCCGGCUGUUCCAAGGGGGGGCGACUUUCCAAAUGAAAGUGUGGCCACCCGCCGCGGGCGCCGCGCAGGGCGCCUUCACGACCAGCGUAAUUGACAACAAAGACGGCACGUAUACCGUCUCCUACUCUUACACCAAAGCGGGCUCGUACGUGAUGACGGUCUCCAUGGGCGAUACGCCGCUGACGUCACUGACUCGUCAGCCGCUCGUCAUCCUCCCGGGCCCCACCGCAGCGGGCAUGACCACCCUCGCGGCGAAGUUCGCGCCCGCGGCGAUCACCGCCGGGCAGAGCGUCCAGGCGGUUAUAGUUCCGACGGACGCGUACAGCAACCCGGUUGCGUACGGCGACAACUACCCCGCCGCUUCGGACGCGUUUUCGGUGCGGGUGAUGCCGACCGGGGGAGCGAUCAGGGAUUACCCGGUCGCUUUCGUCAACCAAAGCUACCAGGCCUCGGUAACGCUUAAUACCGCGAGCAGUUACCAGCUGUCGGUGCUCCUCGCCGGGCAGCCCAUUGCGACCGGGGCGUCAACUGUUACCGUGACCCCCGGCCUCGCGAGCGCCACCUCUAGUUUCCUGACGGGCGCCUUCUCGGCGCCACUCAAAACCCCGAACCUUUGGACCGCCGGUCAGGCCCAGGAGAUCCAAGUCUUCCUCUACGACAGUUUCAGCAACUACGUUCCGAUGGACACCGGGGCCUCCUGCCAGGGCACGUUCACUGCUUCCGGGGGCGCGACUCUCGACGUCCCGUGCGCGCGCUACCAGGGCGUGCAGCGCAUCUACAGCGCGAUCGGGUUACUCCAAACCGCGGGCACGUAUACCUUAACCGUGACCGCCAACCAGACUGCCUUCCCCGGGGUCUCUGUACCGAUCGGCCAGCCGCAGCAAAUUCUGGUUAACGCGGGCGCGCCGAGCGCCGCCCGGUCCAGCGCCUCCGGCCCGGCGGUUUCCACCGGGGGCCAGGCCGGCGUCCCGACCAGCUUCACCAUCGCGUGCAAGGACGCCUACGGUAACCCGGUCCUUAACCCCGGCGCGGUCUCAGUCCAGGUGGUCACCACGGCGACUAACUCCCGGUUCCCCGGGACCGUGGUUAACAACAACGACGGGACGCUGACGGCGACUUAUACGGCGGUCGUGUCUGGACCCCAUAAGGUAUACAUAUACGUCGGCACGGCCGUCAUCGGGUCUGGCGCGCCCUUCGCGGUUACGAUCAGCGCAGCGCUUUCCAGCGCCGCGAAGACGACGGCGCGGCUCGCGGGCGCGUCGGGCGCGCUCGCGGCCGGCGCGCAGACAACGAUCGUGGCGGGGCAGACGACGAAGCUGAUCGUGACGACGUAUGACAUCUAUGGGAAGCUGCAGACGAAGACGGACGACACGUUUACCGUCACGUUCGAUCCUCCGACUGCGAUGGAUGGGAAGACGACGGGAGCAACCUACAGCCUUGUCAACACGAACGGAUCUUACGUCAUCUCCUUCUCGGCGACCAAGUCCGCGGCCUCCUCUGAUAGCGGAUUGCCUACCCCGGUCGCUUACUCCCUGGCCGUCACGCUCAACACCGGAGACGGAGGACCAGCGCCGAUCGCCGGGAGCCCCUUCAAAAUUGCAGUCGCCCCCGCCUCGGUAGAUGCCGCGUCAUCCACCGUCACUCUCGUCAGCACCACCGAGAGCGCCGCCGGGCUGACGUCAUCCUUCCUGCUGACCACCAAGGACGCCUUUGGCAACCUGGGCGCUUACGUCCCCGGUUCGUACUACAACGUCAGCGGUGCUGCCGUCACCAACGCGCAGCUGGGCGGCGGGCAGGGGCAGGGCAGCGUCAUGCGCCGGCUGUUGGAGACCGCCCCGAGCGCCGGGCUCCUUUCAACCGGGUUCUCCGUCGCUAACAACUACGACGGAACCUACGGGUUAACGCUAACCACCACCCAGGCCGGCGCGUAUAACGUCACGAUCCGGGUGAACGGUGUCCCGGUCAAGGGCAGCCCGGGCACUUCCGCCACGCUCCAAAACUUCCAGGUUCCGGCCGGCGCCAAGAAGCUCUCCGCCUUCUCCGCCAGCGGAAACGGAAUAGGAACGGCCUCUACAGUAGCUGGCGUGGCGACGCAGCUCGUCAUCCAGGCACGCGACCAGUUCGGUAACCCGACCCAGGACGACUUAACCAGCCUGGUUAGCAGGCUAACCGCCAGCUUCCAGGUGCGCGUGGGAAGCUCCAGCAGCUUCGUCACUCUCUCGGGGGCGGAGGCGGUGACGGUUGGAAGCCCCUCGGUAGGAAGUGCCGGGCAGAUCAUUCUUCCGUACACGCCCCUCAAAGCCGGGACGCUUAUCACCGCGCUCAGCUUUUCGGACGGUCCGGCCCUCCAGGGGAGCCCUUACGCCGGGCUCGUAACCCCGGGGAUUGCUUCCCCGAGCAACUGCCUGGCUUCCGGUUCCGGCCUGAAGGGCGCCCUGGCGUGUCUUACCGGAACCGGGUGCACCUCCGCGCUUAUCUAUCUUACACCCCAGGACGCGAACAACAACCCGGUCCUGGCCGCGGGCGCGGCCGCGGCCGCGAUGUGCUCGAAGUUUGUGGUGACCUUUUCCGGCGCGCAGACGAUCACCGCGCAAAGCCCGCAGCCGGACGCGAACAACCCCGCUCAGUGCGUGGUGUCUUACACGGCAUCCGCAUCCGGAACGCAGCAGAUUACCGUCACUUUCGACGGCCAGGCCAUUUCAGUGGGGCCCCAGACGCUCAACGUUCGCCCCGCCGUGGGGGCGGCUGACGCCGGCCAGACGACCGUCACCGGAGACGGCAUCAAUUCCGUCAUUGUCGCCGGGCAGGCGGCGAAGCUGACGCUCACCCUGAUCGACGCCAACGGCCUGCCGCUGUCGAACGGGAAGAGCUCCACGGUGGCGGCCAGCGUGACGUCAGCCGGCGGCGUGACGUCAGCGGGGCUCAGCCUCAAUUUCGUCGACGCCAACAACGGCCAGUUUGUCGCCAGCUUCACGCCCACCGUCAGUGGUAUGUUCACAAUAAACGUGUCGGUUAACGGCAAGGUGCUGACCACAUAUCCGGCCGGCUUCGCGAUGACGGUUGCGUCGGCAGUGACUGACGUCAUGGGCACCAGCGUAGUCAUCUUCCCCCAAAACCCCGUUCGGCGCGUCCCUAACCCGCUCACCGUCCAGAUUGCUCCGCGCGACAAGUACAAGAACGCGCAAGACUACCUGGUUUCCGGUGCGGACUCGUUCUCGGUUAUCAUAACCCUCCCCGACCUCAGCACAGAGACCCUAAACCCCAUUUCCAUCUUGGCAAACGGGACCACCGUCUUUUCGGCCGGGUACAAUCCGUUCAUGGCAGGGAGUUACAAGUGCCAGGUCUUGUAUUCAAACCCCCAGCACCCGGAGAUCGGCGCGGCGGUGGUAGGGGGAUCAUCCAACAUCAUCACCUUCAGCGUGGCCACCGGACUGCCGGACCCAAUGCAGACGGAGCUCCGGGGACAGGGGGUGACGUCAGCGCAGGCUGGCGUCAAGUCGACCUUCCAGAUCAUCCUCAGGGAUGCGGGUGGCAACCCGGUUAGCGCUGCCGACCUCCGGGCUAACCCACCGACCGCGAUCGUCACUUCCGCCCAGAACUCCAGCAUGACUGUGAACGCCACAAUGGCCCUUUCCUCCGGGGCGGGCGGCACAUCUCUCUAUCUGGCAACCUACACUGCAAUUGCCGGCGGAGAUAGUUACUUGGACGUCAUUGUGAUGAACACGGCACAGCGCUUCAAUGGACUCUCCGUCAAGUCCGGCGCCGUCCAAACUGCCGCUUGCUACGCUACCGGCACCGGAAUCGGAACGGUAUCCUCGCCCCAGGCCCUUUCCGCGGGCGCGCAGGCCACGUUCUCAAUCUACGCGCGCGACAGCUUCCUCAACACGGCGUCAGACGACAACCUUGUCUUCGGGGUGCAGCUCUACCUAGUUGUCAACGGCAGACGCGGGACGACUUUGCCGAUCGACUCGCAAAGCUUUGUGACUGACCAUUACGAAGUGAACUACACGCCCAAACAGGCCGGAAAUUACACGGUGACCAUUGUUCGCUCCAACGCUCCUCUUGGCGGCGGCCCCUACUCCGUCGUGGUCCUCCCAGGCGCGACCUCCGCGGCCGCGUCGCGCCUCUCCACCGCUUCCACCGCCAACUGCACCGCCGGGGGGACACGUGUCGUCUCCCUCACCGCCUACGACGCCCUCUCAAACGCGGCGACAUCCACCAGCGACGCCUUCUCCGUCAGCGUCACCGGAACGGACUCCGUUUCCGGCCAGAUGACGCCGGCCAGCCCCGGGCGGUACAGCUUCAGCUACCCGUGCCUGCUCGCGACCAACCAGAAGAGCUUCCUGACCGUCGCGCUGACGUCAGCUUCCGGCACGGACACGGUCGUCAGCCGGGUUCCGCUGACCACCGUUCCGGGUCUGGUCAGUCCGGCCAACAUCCAGGUUUCCGCUCUUCCGGCCAUGACGGCGGGCGUACCGGCUUCGGUCGUCUUCACGGCAAUGGACGCAAACAGCAACCAGCUCUGGGGAGGCGGCCUCCGCUUCACCGUGCAGUUUGCCCGGGGGGCGGUCAAGUCCCCCGUUAACGUAACCGACAACGGCGAUGGUACGUACCAGGCCACGCUCCUAACGAACGUCGCCGGUACGUACCAGCUUGCCGCCAGCCUUGGCAGCCAGCAAUUCUACCCGGCGACCGGUAACCAGAGCGUCACUGUUCAGCCGGCGGCCCCCGCGCCCCAGCUUACCGUGGUUACGUUCCCCUCUGCCUUAACCGCCGGGGCGGCAGGCACCUUCACGGUGCAGCUCGUGGACCAGUUUGCUAACCCGGUCCUGACCAACCUCGUCAGCCAGGCCAACCUGCAACUAACCUCGGUCUCCGGGCUGACGGGGGCGUCGUCCGACCUAACCCCGACCAUAACCCAGGACCAAACCACGGGGAUUUACACCGUGAGCGUGACCCCGAUGACGUCAGGGCUGGUUAGGCUCUCGUUAGAAGUUAACCAGGUGGCGGUUCUCGACAAGGCGACCGGGCAGCCCCUCUCGAUCGCCGUAAACCCCGGCGCGGUUUCCGCAACCGACUGCCUGGUGGUUGGAUCCGGUUUCACCGUGGGGGCGGCUUCCGGUGUCGAAGCUAGCUUCCUGAUCACCGCGCGCGAUGCGCAACAUAACAUCGUCCCGGCGGUUCCAACCGGGAAAGCCUUCACCGUAACCUUCUCCCCUACGGGCAUCAAUCUUAACACCGGGGGGGUCACGAGCCUCGGGAACGGCGUCUACCGGGCAGCUUACACCCCGACCCUCGCCCAGGUUAACGCUAACCCGAACGGCCUAACCAUCACGGUUAAGUAUGACGGAACCACAGUCGCCACGAGCAGCGUCGCCCUGAAGCAGCAGCCGGGGCCGGUGUCUCCGGCCACCUCCAAGGCCGUGGACGCUACCGGAAGUCCGCUCAGUUCCGCUCUCAAGGCAACCGUCGGAACAGAAACCUCGUUCUUCAUCCAGCCCAGCGACGAGAACGGGCUUGACAUCAAGUCUACCGGCGAAGCGAACGUUUUCUCGGCGAUUGUACCCAAUGUAGGAGUACUGACCCCGGUCGCCCUUUCCGACGGAACCGGGCGGUACCAGGUCACGUUCACUCCCCCCGUCGCGGGAUCCCUCUCAAUCCAGCUGCAGAGCUACGCCGAUUCUAGCAAGCAGCUCGCAAACUCCCCGGUUACGGUUCAAGUUUCCCCGGGGCCGACUUCUGCCAAGGACGCCAAGCUUCUGAAGCUCGGGGGAACCGACCCCUUCUCACCGGCUGACGUCAGAGUGGCCGGGACGGAGGACGUCAUCCUGGUCAAGUCCUAUGACGCCAAUGGCAACGCGCAGGUCUACAACGCCGUGACCGGGGGGGACGUUUACACCGCGGUGUUAACGGGCCCCGCCACCGUGCAAGCCGCGCUCGUGAACAAGCAAGACGGGACGUACGAGCUCCGCUACACGGCGACCGUCUCGGGCGUCUACAGCCUGACAGUGUCGCUGCGAAAGGGGGAUGUCGUGACCGCUGUUAACCCGCAGCCGAUGCUAAUCACGGUCGUCAACACCAACUUCUACAUUUCCCAGUGCGCGAUUCGGCCCGCGCCCGCGGCAGCGACCACGGUUCUCUCCGGAACGCCGCUCGCCUUCACAGUUGUGGCCAAGGACGUGUACGGCAACCCUUACAAAACCGGCGACAAGUCGUUUGUGAUCAUGAAUGCGGGCCCGGUCCCGCUCCAGUGCUCGGUCGCCGAAAGCGCCGUCUCUUCUGAGUUCCAAGCAUCCUGCACCGCUAGCCUCGUGGGCACUUACCAGGUCACGGUGGCAGACGCCGUUGACGCCUCCGCUGUCGUGCCGGGGUCUCCAUUCCAGGUGAUCGUCGUUCCGGGCGCCGUCUCCGGGAACACCAGCUCCGUCACCGGCAACGGAAUCACCGUCGGAACGGCCGGAACUGCCGCGGCCUUUACCGUCACCGCGCGCGACGCCGCCGGGAAUGUCGUCAGCCUCCUGCCCAAGGUCACCUUCUCCCCGAGUGACGCAGUCGAUUCUGCCAGCGUCCGCGUCAUCUUCACAGGGUGCGCGGCGGACGGUACGGAUUGCCAGGCGGCCGUGACUUACACGCCCGUCAAGUAUGGGACGGUCAACGUCAUCGUGGCUUACGGGCCCACUGUCAUCGGCGCCUUCCCGGCGGACAUCUCCCCCGCGCCCGCGCCCAAGCUGGUCGCCGCGCGCUUCUCUAACCUGCUCAACUCGCUGGUCAUCACCUUCGACCAGGACACCAACAUGGGCACCACUAACCCCAAAAUCUCCGUCUCGCAAACCGCGAUGUGCACCACCGUUCUUGACCCAACCGUGGUCGCCAAGCUCGGGCAGGCGCGGUACACGUGUGUCUGGCAAAACAAGGCGACCCUAACCGUCCAGUUUGGCUACAACGCGACGAUCCAACCGGUCGGAAGCGCGUCCCCCGACUCGAUCCAUCUCCUUCCGAACACGAUCGGGAACGCGGCGUCGAACUCGUACAACGCGUCCGGUUCCGUUCCGCUGGACGGACCGGAAGUGGGCCCCACGCCCGUAGUCAGCCUGUCUGCGCCCACGUCGGUCGGGGUGUGCGACCCGGUCACUCUGGAUGCGGGGCAGUCAACCGGGGGCGGCGGCCGGCCGCUGCGCUUCAGCUAUUUCGUCCAGGGACCGAACAACGACUACACGGCCGCGCUUUCCGCCAAGCUUGCCGACUACACCGCAGAGGGCUCCCGCUCCUCACUCACCCUGGGUUCCACGGACCUGGAACCGGGCACGUCCUACAUUUUCACCGUCACGGCGACCAACUUCGUGGGCCUCUCCAGCGCUUCCGUCGCCGUCACUAUCAACAAGCAGAGCAAGGCGGUUCCGGUCGUAACCACCCCCGGAACUGGCGCGGAGCGCCGGACCGUCGGACGUUCCAGCAGUAUUUUCUCAGUGACGGCGUCCGGGAGAGUGCCCGGGAAGUUCAUCUGGGUCGCCGGGCAGUGCGUGCCGGGCGGCGGGGACGUCCCGCUGAGCUACACGUGGCAGCAGCUGACUGGGCCGAUCAUCGACCCGACCAAUUUGGGAUCGCCCAAGUACACGGCGUCCUUCUCUUCGCCUACGCUGCUGCUUCCGGGUUCCGCGAUGCGCCUUGGAGUCGACUACGUCUUCCAGGUUUCCGUCGCAAUCAUCCAAGGCGGCUCCCUCGGCCAAGCCUCUACCGGGCAGGUCACUCUCAGCCUCACCCCACAACCGAUCACCGUUUCCGUUUCCGGCGGAGACCGCCUAGCCAACUCCGCCAAGGACCUAACCCUCCUGGCGGUUAGCAAAGACCCGGACAACUCAGCGGACCUGUACGGAACUCCGUACCCGUUCCAGUACACGUGGACGUGCUCCCAGGCGCUUCCGGACGGCGCAGUAAAUGCGCUUUACCAGGCGGACGCGACAAACAACUUUGGGCAGUUCGUGACCAUUCCGGGGGGUACUCUCGCGGACGGAAUCUACCAGUUCUUUGUCAGCGCAUCCAAGGAGCCCCUCUCCACCGGCCGCAAAAACGUCGUCAACUCCGCCAAGAUCACGAUCGCCACCGCCCGGACGAUCACAAUGUCGAUCACUGCUUCCGGUGGCGACGUGUCCGGCGGAAUUGCGUCCUCCAAGAAGCUGCUCCUGACCGCCUCCUCCGACGAGCCCAAUACCGUCUACACGUGGGCCGUGACGUCAGUCGCCACGUCAGCGUCGUACCCGUUCACGGCUGGCACGCUCAGCAGAUCGAUCACGAUCGCACCGAACACUCUUCCGCCCUGGGGAACCUACCGGGUGUCUCUCAAGGGGACUGACGCGCUGGGAAUCGGGUCAGCGGGGCAAGCUUCGCUGGAGUUCCCGGUCUUUGGCCUUCCCUCGGGGGGCAGCGUGACUGUCCAGACAGUCAGCACAUCCAGCAAGUACACUUCCGGUGGCGGCUACCAGUUCAAGAUCAGCGCCGUCAACUGGGUCAAGAGCGCCGACGCCCCGAGCGGUGCCCUGCAGUACCAGUUCCGUUACGGUGUGAAUGGGGGCUCGCAGUACGUUCUCGCAACCGGGGCUUCGAACGUCGCCACUCUGAGCCCUAUCCCGGGCACGAUCGCAAUCAGCGUCUUCAUCAGCAACCCGGGCACACCAGCGUCAGCGGCGGGCGACCAGCCGAACGGAUACCGUUACGACGUUAAGCCGUUCGUCGUCCCGAGCCCCGGCUCCAAGCGCCGCAGCCUGCUUUCCGUAAACGAUGAAACCUCCCCGGAGCAAAUCGCCGGGGGCCGUUCCCUGCUUCAAACCAGCCCGGUGAAUUACACCGAGGCCGACGGGAGCUACCAGGACAUUUUCCUGCCGGCCGCGUACCAGACAGCGGAUUACUUCGGCGUGCUGACGUGGGCGAUCACGUGGGGCAGCACGUAUGCGCCGGCGGCUCCGCUCGACACGGGCUGCGCCACCGGGAACGGAAUGAUGCGGACGGAGAAGGCGGACGUCCUCAAGAUGAUCAACGUGCUGGACCAGUCGGCCCCGCCUGCAUACUCUCCGGGCUUGGACAGCGGCGACGGCGCGACCACCGCGAACCAGCACGCGUGUGCGCUCGCGGCGCUCCUCGCGGCCGCCGACGAAGUUCCGCUCUACCUCAUUCCGGCGACCGGAGAGAAUACCACGCUCUCCUCCACGGUCGCCGAGACGCAGCCCGCGAUCCAGAGCGCCAUCAACACGUUCCUGCCCAAGCUCCAGCUCAUCGCCCAAUACGGGCUCGCCACGUCACCCUGCAGCAACACCAGCUCCGAGUGCGACAACUACGCGUGCUUUACCGCCGCGGCCGACGGGCUCCUCAACGCGGCCGCGCGGCACUGCGAGGCGGCCGCGCUGCCGGUCGUCUGGUGGGGCGACGCCGCGCGCUUCGCGCCCGUGCUGCUCGCGCGGGUUUACGGCAACGACCCGACGGUUACGUCGCCCGGAACGGCGACCAUCUUCGGCGGGAAGACGUUCCAAGGCGCGGCGAUUCCGGCGGCCGUCAACGACAGUUCCGUUCACGCGACGGCCGGAACGUUCGGCUUCAGCGUGCCUGUCCCGGCGGACGGCAGCGCGACAGCUUAUGCCAUAGCGUAUGCGGACGCGGCCGUGGUGCCGGGGGCGCCCGCGUCGGCCGCGGGCGCGUCCUCGCGGGCGGCAGCUCUGUUCGUCGUCGCCAACAAUGCCCCUUACAACACAUCCGCCCCGGCCACUAUCACCUUCGCCAACCUAGCCGCUCUACCGACCGGUCUCCAGUACGCAGUCGACCUCUAUCAAGCGACCGGUUGCGACCUCUGGGCACUUCCGGGGAGCGCUUCCAGCAACAGCUACACCAACUGCCAAUGGUCCCCCGCGGCGGCCAACGUUUCCGUUUCCGUCGAUCCGGCGUCCAAGACCGGAACGGCGUCCGUUGCCGCCUGGAACGGAGUCUACGUCCUGCACACGAUCAGCGUGCCAAGCCUGGUGACCGUCGCUUCGGAGACGGUCCCCCUACCGAACCCCAAAACCGCCCCCACUUUCGCCGUUACCGUGCCCGGGAGUGUCGCCGUUUCGGCAUCGGUUGUUGGUGCCACACCGACUGGGGCGUCGGCGUUCGACCCAAUCACCGGAGUGGCGGUAAAUUACCAGGGCGCUUCCCAGCCCGUGGCGACCCUGCCAGAUACCAUCACCCCUGUCGCUGUUGCCGGCGUCUUCUUCACCCAGGGCAAAACGGCAGCGGGGCCCUUCUACCCUUUCUCGGGCUCCGUCGUGUUCAGCGGAAUCCCGGCUCCGGCCAGCGGAAAGGCGUACGUCGUUGACGUGUACCACGUCAGGGGGUGCUCCGUCGCACUGCCGCCCACGUCAGCCGACGCCUACGCGGGCUGUACCUGGACUGUCGUCGCGCCAACCCGCACGGUUACCUACGUAACCCAGAGCCAAACCGCGCAGUUUGCGCCGGCGCAGGCGCAGUGGAAUGGAGUCUUUGUGCUGUAUGCGGUCGCGGCGACUGCCGCCCCGCCCGCACCCGCAACGCCUCCCCCGGUUACGACCGAGGUUAACACCUUUGACCCGGCCACUAAACCGGUGGUUACGCAAUUAGUGGGCAGCGUCGCCAGCUUCAGCUUCGCGUCCGCCGGAACGGCCCCGAUCGAAGCAACCGGCGUGACUUUCCCGACCGCCGACCAGAUCCCCAUAGCUUAUGACCUCCUCCCCAAGACUGAAGUUGUCGGCGCAGUCGCUCUAUACCUCAUUCAGGACUCCGAGCCCUUCUCCCCGGGGUCGGGAUCCAUCUCCUUCCAGAGCGUUCCCACUCUAGCCAAGCGACGCGCGCUCCUCGCGGCCGCGACGGUCCAGUACGUGGUCGACGUCUACACGGCAACCGAUUGUACCCCGACCAUGCCCCCGAACGACGCUUCCGCGUUUUUCGGCUGCACCUGGAACGUCACCAAAGACCUCCCGGUGACGUACGACCCGGUCAGUGGGGUCGCCACGUACACCCCGGAUUCCGCCCACUGGAACGGAAUCUACCUGCUGCACACGGCGACCGUGACCGCGGACCCGCCCACGCCAACGCCCACCACUGCCCCGAAGACUCCCCCGGCUGGUACCCCGGCGCCCGGUACCCCGGCCCCCGGUACCCCGGCGAGCCCUUCUCCCGGUGUGAAGACCGGGGGCAGCAAUAGUGUCGCUGUGGGGCUUGGCGUGGGUCUCGGUGUGGGAGGUGCGCUCGUUUUGGCCGCGAUUGGGGCCUUUGUGAUCGCGCGCCGGAAGCAGGCUGCGGCCCGCGGAGAAGGCGGCGCGACCUUCUCUCUCGCUGACCAGCAGGGGUCUGGAAACCAGUAG